AGGAGGUGGGAGAGAAGGAAGAGGCGGAGGAGGCAGCGGGCGCCGAGGCUCUGGGACCCGCAGGCAAGCCAGACCGACGCGCAGAGCCGGGAGCCUCAUCGCAGCGGCAGCGGCAGCGGCAGCGGCGGGCUCGGGCCGGCCUCGGGGGCUGCUCACCCACAUGAGCAUCCGCCCACCCGGCGAGCCCCCGAGCCCAGGCGGCACGGCCAUGGCCGAGCUCAAGUCGCUGUCGGGGGACGCGUACCUGGCACUAAGCCACGGCUACGCGGCGGCGGCUGCGGGUCUCGCCUACGGGGCGGCGCGAGAACCCGAAGCGGCCCGCGGCUACGGCACUCCGGGCCCGGGCGGCGACCUCCCCGCGGCGCCUGCACCUCGCGCCCCAGCUCAGGCGGCGGAGAGCAGCGGCGAACAGAGCGGUGACGAGGACGACGCCUUCGAGCAGCGGCGGCGGCGGCGCGGGCCAGGGAGCGCGGCGGACGGGCGGCGGCGGCCGCGAGAGCAGCGGUCUCUGCGGCUCAGCAUCAACGCGCGCGAGCGGCGGCGCAUGCACGACCUAAACGACGCGCUGGACGGGCUGCGAGCCGUCAUCCCCUACGCGCACAGCCCGUCGGUGCGCAAGCUCUCCAAGAUCGCCACGCUGCUGCUCGCCAAGAACUAUAUCCUCAUGCAGGCGCAGGCCCUGGACGAGAUGCGGCGCCUGGUGGCCUUCCUCAACCAGGGCCAGGGCCUGGCCGCGCCCGUAAACGCCGCGCCCUUGACGCCCUUCGGCCAGGCCACUGUGUGCCCCUUCUCCGCAGGCGCCGCGCUGGGGCCCUGCCCUGACAAGUGCGCCGCCUUCUCCGGGACGCCCUCCGCGCUUUGCAAACACUGUCACGAGAAGCCGUGACCGCGCGGGCCCGCGCCCCUCCCGCACGCGUCCUCCGAUCGCCCCUGUGGCUGUCUCUCUGCCCGGACAGGAAAGGCCUGGAGGGACCCUGCAGACCAGGAGGAGGCGGCCCGACUUCGCUUCCAGCCUGUGCGCGGUGGACAGUUUAGCGCAGCGGGAAGCGCCAAGGCCGUCGGGGCGCGGGAUUGAGCUCGAGAGCCGGACGCUGGACUCUGCGCCCGGGAACUCGCGGCACCCACUGGGUAUUGUCGGGUCCCAGCAAGUCUAGGAACGGGGGUGGGUAGAGCAUCCUUCGGGCACUGCCGUUCGCCCCCAAAAGAAGACCACCGCGGGGUCCCAGGGCCACGGCGAGGACGGGCACUGGUCAGAUUCCGGACAGGCGGUCCUGGCCCCGGGCGCACGAAAGGUGGAGACGAAGAAAAGCCGGACUUACUGGCUCCUGAUCCUCUUGCAGUGGGCCUCGCGCUCCCGCUCCAGCUGGCCCUUCGUGCUAAACUGCAGGGCAGUGCUCUGUUCCUGAGGACGCACGUGGCCGGCACCUCCCACCUCGGUGACUCCGAGACUCCGCAGCCCUGCGGAGAGCCCACGAUGGCCGUCUGCAGAGGAGCUGGACCGCGGGCUCAGGAAGACCCCGGGGAAGGCCUUUUCCAAGUAGGAGUUUGUUCUAUUUAUUUGGGAAGUGGACGCCGUCGCCGGCUGCCUCGAAGUCUGAAGAAUUUGUCCCCUAAAUGUCCCCUGGCCUCCCCCCCACGCCGCCAUCCGCUGCCUGGAACGUCCGCGGGGUGGAGUUGGAUGGAGACCGCUUUGCGGGCCCUCUGCCUCGGGGGGCUUCGUGGAGGAGGGUCCUCACAGCCCGCGCCCUGCUUAACCCUGACGGUCAGGGGAGGGCCCCGUCUAGCCCUGGUGUCCAGCAAAACCCCUCCCCACCGAUCCCCUCGCCCUUCCGAGGGAGGAGGCCGGGCUACGGGAUGGGAACAGGAGAAGAAGAGGCACCUCUUCGUAAAGGACAAACGCCGUUCUCCUAAGAGGGUGGGUGAAAUGCACAAACCGUCUCCAACCCCACAGCCACUCUGGUUUCACCAUCGCUCUCCAAAAGACUUCCUGUUGGAACCAGCCACCAGAGGCUCCUAAACCCUGGUUAAUCCAGCAGAGAAUGAUUACAGCAAUUUUCUAAUGUGAAUUUGUUUGUGGUAUGUUUUUAGUCUUUAAUCGCUUUUGGCAUCCCAUUUGAAGAGAUAGAAAUAGAGGGAUUUGUGAUGUAUUAAAUUAUUUCUCCAACAAUUACCUCUUUGAACUCAUAACCCUGGAUACUGUGUUCCAAUACUCCAACCAAAGUCUGUUUCAUAAAAUUAGGAAGUUGAUAUGCAUUUGCAAAUUUAAUCCCAAAGGGACAAAACCUGUGCUACCCCGAACGCAGAAAAGGUUCAAACAGUUAGCAAAGUCACCUUUGAUUCAACUGUUUUACUUGCUGUAAAAAGUGAUUUAUGCUGUAUCAUUUCCAGUCUGACGUGCCUGAGGCAUCUUUACUCACAUAAAUGUAUAAAAGCUGUUGUGUAGUAGCUGAAUGGAAAGACGGUCAGAAUUUUCCUUGAAGUUAACAUAACAGGAGGAGCCCCUCUGAGGGGCAUGCAUGGAAGGGGGUCUCUGAGCACACUGCACACUGCCGUGGCCUCUCCUGUCUCUGUCCUUCCCUGGUGUGUCUUUGCCCAGGCAUCUGUGGGCAUCCUCCGAGAGCCACCCUUGCAGGCAAGCGGCCUCUGUGGCUGUGCACUUCUGGGGGCCACGGUGGUCGGAAACAGCGCAGAGUGCGCACGGACCUGUCAAUGGUCUCUGUUGCCCGAGACACACAGCGCCACCAUGCAUGCCUGCCCCACCCGGGGCCCCUGGGGACAGGACCAUGAUCUUGGCUAAAGUGCUCCUCAGAGAAUGUCUGCACCUCUUCCUAGCCAGCCUCGUUUUGCCUCCAAGCUGGGUUUUGUCAAGAGUAAUGAGUCCACAGUCAGUUGCUCUCCCGGGACCCCCUGAUUGGCCCUGACGGGAGGCCAAUCUCCCCGUGCACGUGGACGGCCCUUGCUGUCCUAAUGAGGCCUCCACCAGUCCAGAUCUGUGGCCGCAAACCCUGAGACACAGACAGGACCCACGAUGCUGUCUGAUGGCCACAAGGCAUCUGACAGGAUGCAUUUUUGUCGCCGUCAUCCACAGCCUCUGUGUGCUCUCGGUGUCUGGAGCUGCUUCUGGCCCCCAGCACUUCCUGCUUUCCGACCACGGAUGACACCAAAGUUACCAAAGUUACAGGGUCAAACGGUCUCUGCAUUUCAUGCACGGAAAUAAAACCAUCCUCCACAGCCCAGCAGACUCCUGGGGCAUUGCGUCCCGGUGGGUCCACGUAAUGCAAACCGGUGAGAGACUCGUCACAAGGGUGUUCAGUACAUGAACACACCCACAGCUUUGGGGACUGGGAUUCAGAAACCCACCGACUAUGAGCCAGUGAGUGCCAACAGGCCCAGGCUGCUGGUGGAAGAAACGGAGGGGAGAAGCUUAUUCUCCUCCAGACCCACACCAACCAAGCCCCUGAGCAGAACCAUCCCACCUGCCAGAGAGUGUCCCCACGGCCCUGAGCCGAGAAGUCAGUGACACCUGCUGGAGAGAGUCCCCACGGCCCUGAACUGAGAAGUCGGUGAAGCCCUCGAUUUCAUUCCAAGCACCAUAGACAAACGGGAAGAUGUUGAUUUCACAUUCAGGAAUCUGGGUUUCCAAAAUAAGCGUCUUCACCUGCUGCCGGGAAGAGAAGAGCACUCCCCUGCUUUUACCCUGGAUCCGCCCUCAGGGUGGUGGCAUCAGCGGUGUGUCCAGAAUGAGCAGAUGCAUCCAAAGCCGUCUGCUCUCCUGCCUUCUACCUUAGCAGCUUCCAGGGCACUAACAGAAGGAAAAGCACUAGGCUCGCCCUCCCCUCUUCCCUCUCCCCUUCCCCUCCCCACUCCUCCUCCUCCUUCAAGGCUCUCUGCAGAAGAUGGGGUGCUUCUGCAGUGCACCCCCUCUUGUCUGGGUAGCUCUGCUCCCCUAACCAUCAACCCAUGCUUUUAAAAAUAUCCCAAAUGUAUAGCGGGUCUCAAGCCCCUGGUCACCGCCCCCAGCCCAGGUAGGUGCUGGUUUCAUCUGGCUUGGGGCAGGCCUGGCAGGUCUGGAAAGAAAAGACUGGCCCUGGUGGGGCAACUGAGCGCCUGUCGUCACCCUAGUCUUGAGACAGGCAGACAUCAGAUGGGGCAAAAAUUAUCUCUGCCCAAGUGUGUUACCCAAACUUGUGUGUGUGCGCGCUAUAUGUGUGUGUCCAUGUGGUGUGCCUGUGUGGAGACGUGUGCAUAUAUGAUGUGUGUGUGCAUGUGUGUGCAUUUCUGUGGUUUGUAUGUGUGUGGGGGUGUGCAUGUGUGUGGAUAUGUGUGGUGUGUGUGCAUGCAUGGGGGGUGCAUAUGUGCGGCGUGCAUAUGUGUGGUGUGCGCAUAUGUGUGCAUAUGUGGGGGGUGUACAUGCAUGUGGGGUGUGUGCAUAUGUGGGGUGUGUGUGCAUAUGUGGGGUGUGUGUGCAUGCAUGCGGGGUGCAUAUGUGCGGUGUGCAUAUGUGUGCAUAUGUGGGGGGUGUACAUGCAUGUGGGGUGUGUGCAUAUGUGGGGUGUGUGUGCGUGCAUGUGUGGUGUGUGUGCAUGCAUGUGGGGGAUGUGCGCAUGUGUUUGGCAUGUGUGUGCAUACACGGGGGUGUGCAUUUGUAUACAUAUGUGUGGUGUGUAUGCAUGCAUGUGGGGUGCGUGCAUGUGUAUGCAUAUAUGAGCAUGUUUGUAGUGUGGUGCUGCAUACAGCUCUCUUUCUGUGUGGGUUUCCAGCCCCCUUGCCUUCGUCCUGUUACAGCACAACUCUGACCUGCCAGGACAGCCCUGCUGCCCCCACGUCCCUCCGCCUCCAGCCCUGAGAGAUCUCUGGGGCCCUCCUUCCCUUUCUGUCGAGUUUGCCUUGUGUGUUUCACCAAGGUGAGACGGGAGCCACCAUUCCAAUUCCCAGGACACAGCCCUUUCUGUCUUUCUUAAACCCUGGAAAGCCCUGGCAAACACGAUGAGUUGGGUGCCCCAGAGGUCAGGCCCUGUAACGCUUUCUGGAAGGCGAAGAGAGAGUUGGAGCGUGGGAGGUUCCCGGGCUGUCCCCAACUCCGAGUGCACCCGGCUUCCCCGUGCUUCUCCUGUGCGCGUCGGAGGGGUGAGCAUAGAGAGGGAGGGAAAGCCGGGGACAGGCCAGCGCGUCCUCAUUGCCCGGCAGGAAGGCUGCAUGGCAUCCAGGGCACACCCCACUCGCAGACGUCACAGCCAGAGGCACGUGGAGCCUCCCUGAAUCCAGACACAGACAGGAGGGCAAGGAGAAGGGAGCGCCAGGGGGGAUGACGGCCUGUCCGCAGUGUGGGGGUCCUUCGGCCAUGGUUCCCUUCAGGCUUUCUCCCCCCGGGGAGGGAAACUGGAGUGAGACUGAGUCACAACAGGGCCAGGGCAGGGAGGGGCCGGAGUUAGGGGCUGCGGCUGUUUCCUCCUGAAACCGAGGACUCCCACCUCAGGCAUGCAAGGCGAAGACCACACCUGGCCUCAGGUCCCUCCAGGGCAGGCUUUGCUAUCAAAUGAGUGUUUUUUUUAACAUUUCCAUUUUCAGAGCCUUUUGAAAUGCAAGCUGUGGACUUGAGACAACAGGCCUGUGGGAUUCCAUUGACCACUGACCAUUUUUUCAGAAGGAGAAACCGAGGCUGGGGGAGAAGGUUACUCUUUCCAAAGCACCAAAGCUCAGAUUUAAAACUUGACUGUCAGGCUGGGCGCAGUGGCUCACACCUGUAAUCCCAGCACUUUGGGAGGCCAAGGCAGGCAGAUCACCUGAGGUCAGGAAUUCGAGACCAGCCUGGCCAACAUGGCGAAACCUAGUCUCUACUAAAAAUACAAGAAAAAAAUUAGCCGGGCGUAGUGUGCACCCAUAUCCCAGCUACUCUGGAGGCUGAGGCAGGAGAGUCGCUUGAACCAG